GAUAUUCUAAUCCGGGUCACAGAAUGGCUAAGGCAGCUUUAAGUGGAGGGCAGAGUUUUUUCCCUCCGUUUGCCUGGUGUUUCGCACCCUGAAAGAAUGUUGUGCCUGCUCUUUUUUCUGGUGACUGCUGUUCGUGCUGAACUGUGUCAACCAGAUGCAGAAAAUGCUUUUAAAGUAAGACUGAGUAUCAGAACAGCUCUGGGAGAUAAAGCAUAUGCCUGGGAUACAAAUGAGGAAUAUCUUUUCAAAGCAAUGGUGGCUUUCUCCAUGAGGAAGGUUCCCAACAGAGAAACAACAGAAAUUUCCCAUGUCCUACUUUGCAAUGUAACCCAGCGGGUGUCAUUCUGGUUUGUGGUUACAGAUCCUUCAAAAAAUCACACCCUUCCUGCUGUUGAGAUACAGUCAGCCAUAAGAAUGAAUAGGAACCGGAUCAACAAUGCCUUCUUUUUGAAUGACCAGACCCUGGAAUUUUUAAAAAUUCCUUCCACUCUUGCACCACCCACUGACCCAUCCAUGCCCAUCUGGAUUAUUAUAUUCAGUGUGAUAUUUUGCAUCGUCAUAGUGGCAGUCAUGCUGUUGAUUUUAUCAGGAAUCCGGCAACGUAGAAGAGAUGACUUUGCUGGAGUGACAGCGAGGUAUACCGGAAAUAAUGACCUUGGUGGGAUAAAAAGAGUUAAUGCAGUGGUGUGCUUAGAGUGGUGCCUGGCCCACGGUGAGCGCUCAGAAGAGCAAAGGACCAUCCGAAGUGGAUGACACUGAAGACAAGUGUGAAAACAUGAUCACAAUUGAGAAUGGCAUCCCCUGCGAUCCUUUGGACACAAAGGGAGGGCACAUUAACGAUGCCUUCAUGACAGAGGAUGAGCGGCUCACCCCUCUCUGAAGGGCUCCUGUUUUGCUUUCCCAGGAAACUCAACACUUGUUUCUGUGCCACUGCUGAGCAUUAUAAAUUAUCAAGGACAGAUCAUCUAUUUUAUUUCAUCAUUCUUCUUUCCUAAGAAAUUCUGCAUGUGCAUGAAAGUGAAAGGCUGUCAUUUAUACCCAUGAAGACCACUGGAAUCCUAAGCUGUUGACUACUCAAAAUAUUCUAAAGUAUUUCUCUGACAACACGAUGUAUAGGUAUAGCCACGUGGUGCCUUUACUUAUUGGUUUAAAGGUGCAUUAGUGUUGAACAUUGCUGGAAAUAAGGUCAGGCUACUACAUAUAUAUACAGAUGUAUAUAUAUAUAUAUAUAUGUGUGUAUAUAUAUAUGUGUGUGUGAAGACCUACGGAGGGAGAUUUUUCCAGUGGAGAAUACCCAUAAUAUGGUGUAAAAAUCUUUGAAGAUGGAUCCUUUUUGAAUAUUGUUCAUAUCAUUCUGUAUAUGACUAACUAAGGAAGAAUAAAAUAUGAUUGGGUUAUGAAUGAUGACAAUGGGAGUGACAGUAUCCAAGAUGGAAUUUCAUCCUAUGACCAUACCAAUACUUACUUAUCCUCUAUCAUUCUCUGGUAAGUCAGCCCUGUUGGUUGACUGUUUCUGCAAUUUGUAAAACAACAACCUCUAUGAAUUUAAUAAAGCGCUAAUCAUCUCUUUUUAAUUAUG